UGCAAGUUACCGAUGGACGAGAUUUAUGUGUGGGUCGACUUCGCGUCGAUCCCGCAAAAGUGCAAGCCGGUCCAGCGGUUACUUGUUUACUCUUUACCUUGCAUUGCGUCCGCCGUCGACGUGUUUUUGGUGGCGGCGCCUCAUGCGAAACAUCUAGUGACGCGGGAAAAGUGCUCUUCUCGCUCUUAUCGGUCGCGGACGUGGUGCCGGGCCGAGGUCUUCGCGCAUUGCGCUCGUCGAGGUGUCGACGUCAUGUUCUACGCGACGGAGCGAGGCAUCAAGCCCAUGUUCCCGAAAUUACGAUUAGCGACGACGCCUCGACCGCCGCAACGAAGUCUCUUGGUGCCGGAAGGCCACGAAAUGCCGCGCGAACCUACAACUCCGGGCCGCGGCCUGACGCGGGACCGCUACUCGUCGACGUCCGACGCGUCCACGCGGAGCGUCACGCGGCCGUCGGCGGCCCUGUCGGACGGGUCCAGCAUCAUGGUCGGCGGCGACGGCGCCGAGACGCCUAAACCCCGAAUUCCCCACGAGACCGAGGGGCCCGCCGCGGACCAGGCUAGACAGUUUAGAGAAUGCCUCGACGUCGUCCACGGCAACCUGACGUGCUGCGCCUGCCGCCAUGCAUCGGGCCAACCUUGUGAUAGAGAAGAAUUGGUGCUGCCGAUCAUGGGCCUGUUCGCGGAGAUUUACCGCGACCGCCACGGCGAGACGCGGGAUUUGUACGAGGCGAUGUUCGCCGACGGCUCGAGCGUGGACGACUACUUCCCGUCGCACUUCGACUACGAGACGCCCUUUGGCCAGGUCGUGCGCAAGCCGUUGUUCGGGGACCUGCCGCGGGCGAUCAUGGACCGCGUGGACCGGGAGCACGGCACGGAGAUCGACACCUCGAAGUACCUCACGCCCGGCGCGGACGCGCGCUUCACGGCGCCCCUCGACGAGCAGCUGUCGAACCCGCGCAAAUUAGGAAGACCGCGGCUCUUCCGCCAGCGGACGUCCAAGAGCGCGCCGGACGACGUCGACGCCAUGACGACGGUCACCUCGUUCGCCUCGUCGACGCGGGCCUCGUCGGGGCGCGUCGUCACCGACGCCGGCACGACGACGCCGGAGCGGACGCCGGCCUCGCCGCCGGAGCAGGUCGCCGGCCUCGCGGAGCGCCGGUCGAAGCGCUCCGCCGUCGUGCGCCUGGCGUCGGCUCCUCUUCUGGACGUCGUGGACGACGAACCCCUGUCCCCAUGA